AUGGUCUCAACCACAACACUUGAUAUGACCCGACAUGGGAUGUAUAAGUUGGUUGCUUCCAGCACUGGCUGUCAAAUGUCCAUCAGACGUAUUAGCCAGCGCGAAUUCUCAAGGAACGAGGGCCAAGUUAUUGUAGGGCUUCUGGCAGUCCCAUGUAAACCUCCUGGUCUUUUCGAAAAGUGGGAAGAUGAUCGCGACUACAAGGCCACUUGGGACGGGAUGACUUCUCUACAAAGAGCAGCCUUUGCUCUUGCCAAUCGGCGAUCACGUUGCCAAGGAGUCGACCGCCUCUCUAGGCUUCCAUGUGAGGUGCUGCAUAUCAUUUUCGACGAACUCAACGAUUCAGUACCCAUGGCAUAUCUUGGCUUCACGAGCCGUUAUAUGUGGAAGAUGGCUGAACGGGCACUACAUCGAUACUUCGCCAAAUCCUUGGGGAAAUACGCAGGCACAAGGAUAAUGCUUGUCAAGCUGGACAGCUUCCCACCGGGGUUCGAACCCAUAAGAUUUAUGUUCGGAAGGCGUUUGAGCGAGUCGCCACGUCAUGAAAUCUGGGAUCUUGUCUCACGUUCACAGCGAUACAAUCUCGAUCGUUUCCCCAUACAUUACUCGUACACACCUCAUUCCCUCCCUGGCUACCCAGGCGAAGACAUAUAUUACGGCAACAAUCAAUACUUUCGGCCGAAUAGGCACAUUGGGUAUACUCUCAAUGCUUGCGCGCCCGUUCUUUCACCGAGUCUCGACAUGUUCUAUGACGUUAAGAGAACUUGGGUUCUGAGAAACCUGACUACGAAGGAGUAUGUCAGGGGGGAUGCGAUUGCCCUUAGACCUGACUUCAUUCAUGGGCCAUUUAUCGAAGGUUUGGGCUUUGGAGAAGUCGUCAUCAUGCGCACGGCUUGGAAGCACGCGUCUCUCAUGCCACACCCCCAGGACGGGAAAUGGGCAGGUCAUUGCCUGGAUAUUAGGCCGUGGGGUGUUCGCGAAAAACGGACUGGGGAUAAUACUUGGAAGGAUGUCAGCGAGGAGAUUGUGAAGCAGCUUGACGAAGUCUUUUCUGAACGACUGGGCCGACAGUGGCGCGAGAAUAUCAUAAGGCAAAUUACAAUGCCCGACAGGCCGAGACCGUCGGUGCUGCAUCCUGAAAACAUGCGGCGGCUUCGGGCGUUAAUGCGAGAUACAUGA